AUGCUAUUACUCUAUCUCUGGAGCACAUCGGACCCUGCCUUUGCAGACAAACAUGGCAGUGAUUCUUUGGACUUGCCGCUCCAGCCAAACCCUGAUCUGCACAUUGAUAGCAGGCCAGGCUGGCGCGACGAAAUCACGCCGGACUUUCUCGAAAUGCUCGAUCGAACCACGCAGAAGUGCGGGGAUUACGUCGACUACGCCACUAAACGCCACCCGCCGUUCUCUCAGGGCAAGCACCGGUACCCCUAUAUGCGGCCAGCGCCCAAGUGCCGCACUUUCACGUCGGCCGCGCUUGAAAAGGUGCUUGUGGACUUCAAGCGCAAGCUCAAGGACCCGGAUUUGGCCAGGUUGUUGGAGAACUGCUGGCCCAACACGCUUGACACCACGAUUUUGUGGCACCGCCUGGCCCUGGCACACGGCCUCGACACGCCGGAGACAUUUGUCGUGACCGGUGACAUCCACGCGGAGUGGCUCCGCGACUCGGCGCGCCAGCUCUCGGUUUUUCAGCCGUUGCUCAAGCACGACGAGCAACUCCGGGUUUUGGUCCGUGGUGCCAUCCACACCCAGGCACAUUACGUGGCCUCAGCGCCGUACUGCAACGCGUUCCACCCCCCGGCGCACUCGGGCGUGAAGAAGGGCGAGUCUGCCCGUGACCAGGUGUUCCCCCCGCCUGAUUGGCGCCAUGUGUUUGAGUGCAAGUACGAGAUCGACUCCCUCGCGUCUUUCCUCACGUUGACCAACGAGUACCUUGAGCACACGGAGCACGACCUCCUGGUGAUCUCGGGCACGUGGUUGCGGGCGUACGACAGGCUCUUGGCCGUGCUCCAGCGCGAAUCCAGACCCCUGUUUGACCCCGAGUCUGGCCACGCUGCACCGUUCUACUACUCUUUCCAGAGAAACACCAACAUCGGCUCCGAGACCUUGCCCUUGGGCGGCGUCGGCAACCCAGUCAACUUCCACACGGGCUUGGUGCGGUCCGCGUUCCGGCCCUCCGACGACGCCACGAUCCUCCAGCUCUUCGUUCCUGGAAACGCCCACAUGCUCUCGGAAUUGCGCAAAACCGUCACCAAUGUCUUCGACCGCAUUGCCCACACGCCGGAAACGAAAAGGUACGCGGCCCUCACGCGCGCGUUCAUUGGCGAAAUCGAGCGCGGUCUCAAAGAGCAUGCCAUCGUAGACCACCCAAGGUGGGGACGCGUGUAUGCGUACGAGGUGGAUGGGUAUGGCGGUGCGGUCUUUAUGGACGACGCCAACGUGCCGUCGCUCUUAUCGCUUCCCGAAAUGGGCAUUUGCGGACAGGACGACCCCGUGUACCACAACACGCGCAGAAUGAUCCUCUCGAAAGAAGGCAACCCCUACUUCCUCAAGGGCCCGUACAUGGAAGGAAUUGGUGGGUCGCACAUUGGCAUCCGCCAUGCGUGGCCCAUGUCGCUCUUGAUGAGAAUGCGCACCACGGACGACGACGAGGAGAUCUUGCGCAGCUUGGACCUCGUCAUGGCGUCCACUGCGGGGCUCGGCCUCAUGCACGAGAGCGUCAACGUCAACGCACCCGGCGGCGGCGACUACACCCGCCCGUGGUUUGCGUGGUGCAACUCUGAGUUUGGCAAAACCAUGCUCCAUCUAGCCGUGCACAAGCCACACCUUAUUUUCAGGGACAAGUACGCCCACAGCCCCUACGACAUCGAUGCGGUGUUUGCCUGA